AUGACGAGCGCAGCCAAUCAUGACGCUACGGUCGCGGCUGGGGAGGACUUGCAUCCACUUAAACGCGCCAAGACCGUAUCGGCAGCAACAGCCACACGCACGUGUCAGUUCUGUACCAGCAAGAAGCAAGUGGCUGCGUGUUGUGCGAAUGUGGCAUGCAAGAGGUGCUGCCUCACGCGCGCUCAGGUGUGCGGCAUGCACCCAAAAGAGGAGGAAAAGUCUGAGCCAGAACCCUCAAAGCUGAAGAAACCUGUGCUCAAAAAUGAGUUUCGGGAACCUAAUUUUCACUACUACGGCGAGACUGUGACAAUCUAUUGCGUGCGGGACUUCUUUCAGAACAAGAAACUGAGUCAGGGUGUGCUAAAGGACCAGGAACGCACCCAGCGAGCAAGUGGUAACGCUGACGGAGUUCGUCGCAAAAAGAAGAGUGCCAGAGCCUCCAGGAUCCAGGAGCUAGUUCAGUGUGCACUCGGGAAGAAACCACUUCCCAAAGGCUCUCAAGAGGUCGAUGGACCUGUACGAGUUGCAGUGAACGAUUAA